AUGAUGUCUUUGCCAUCGUCUACCAUCGAGCUCACUCAAACCUUUCACCACUGCACUGCUACCCACGACUAUCAUAUCCGCUGGGUAUCUCUUGGCGAUCCUGAAUUACCACCUCUGAUAUUUGUGCAUGGUACCCCAUGGUCUUCACGCGUCUGGAGUAACUAUGCCCAAUCUUUUGCCAAAUACUUUCACGUCUACCUCUUCGACAAUCCAGGUUUCGGCGCCAGCCCUCUUGGCAAGCCUCUUGACGGCAAAGAGGGGACGAUCGACGACAAAACGGCUCUAGAUGCAGACCUCGCACUUCAGACAGAGGUGUUUGCUGCGCUCUAUAAAUUUUGGUCGCUAGACUGGCGGCACAAGCCCCAUGUGGUUGCGCACGACCACGGCGGCUUAAUGAGCUUACGGGCUAAUAUCAUACAUGGCUGUGACUAUGCGAGCCUGUGCUUGAUAAAUGUGGUUGCGAUAGGGCCGUUCGGCCAGCCGUUAUUCAAACUAGUGGCUGAAAACGAGGCAGUUUUCACUGCGUUGACCGGACCAGUGUUUGAGGGGGUGGUGGAAGCAUAUAUUCGCGAUGCAGCCCACAAAGAUCUGGGGAAAGAGACGAUGGAGAUGUUGAAGAGUCCGUGGAUCUCUUCUGAUGAAGGAAGAAGGGGGUUUGUGCGACAAAUGAUUCAGGCUAAUAGCCGUAGCACUGACGAGGUCGAGCCUAAGUACCCAGAGGUAGGAGAGAGGAUACCAGUGCAGAUCAUCUGGGGAAAAGAAGACCGAUGGAUUCCUGUGGAAACGACGGAGCGCCUGAAGGAGAAGUUGCAUGCUAAGCGUGUGGUGCUAAUUGAAAAUGCGGGACACCUGGUGAUGUACGAUCAGGAAGGGAUGCUAGGCGUCGAGCUGGGCUGGUGGUUGAACCAUGCCAGUCAUCUUUAG